AUGGCCCUCCUCUCUCUCCUCCUCCUCCUCUCUCUCUUCCCUGUCGCCCUCUCUUUCCCCCCUCCCUUUAAUUACAGCCUGCACAUUGACUGUGGCGGCCUUGUGAACACCACAGACGCCUUCCGCACGUCCUGGCUCGCCGACCGGUACUUCACCGGCGGCGCCGACGCCGUCGUCUCCGAGCCCCUCAUCUUCCGCCACCAGCAGGAGAAGACCCUCCGCCACUUCCCCGUCUCCUCCGGAAAGAAGAACUGCUACUCUGUUCCCGCCCCCGCCGGCGGCGGCCGCUACCUCCUUCGCACCUUCACCGCCUACGACAACUACGACGGCAAGUCGCACUCCCCAUCCUUCGACGUCGCCGUGGGGGGCACGGUGGUCUUCUCAUGGAGAUACCCCUGGCUCGAAUCCACAUCCCGUUACGGCGCCUAUUCGGAUCUCAUCUUCCACAACAACGAAUCCACCAUUGACGUCUGCUUCUACAGCAUCGGCACCGAUUCCCCCGUAAUCGGGUCCUUGGAGUUGACCCAAAUUGACCCCUACGCCUAUCCCUUGCCGUACGCCAGCAAGAACUCCUCUAAUUACAUUUUAAUUAACUACGGCCGAUUUUCAUCCUCCACGGAGCAGUGGGGCCCUGGAUUCACAAACGACACUGACGUUAUCGGCCGUUCCUGGCAGUCAGAAACCCUAUUCCGGGCCGAUGCUGAUUCAUUUGCGGAUGGGCCAACAGUCGGAUCAAUUUCAGCCGUGAAACCUAUCUCCAGAGUUGAAGUGAGCCCAAAUUACUUCCCUGAGAAGCUUUACCGGACUGCUUCGACUCCGGCUGGAAACGAGAGUGGUGGAGUUUUGGAGUACGAAUUGCAGGUGGAUGCUAGAUUGGAUUAUUUGUUGUAUUUCCAUUUUGCUGAGAUUGAUGGUAGCGUGACUAAGGCCGGACAGAGGGUGUUUGAUGUGUUGGUAAAUGAAGAGAAUGUGAAUCGGGUGGAUGUGUACGAUAAGGUCGGUGCAUUUGCCGCAUACGAUUGGAGCUAUGUGGUGAAGAAUCUAAGCAACACGGUUUUGAACGUGAAGCUGCAAUCGGUGGUUGGAUCGCCGGUGAUUUGUGGGCUUGAGAAUUACGCGAUUGUGCCCGUUGAUGUUGAGACUGCACCUGAUCAGGUUGCUGCUAUGAAAGCAUUGAAGGAAUCACUUCGUGUGCCAGACAGAAUGGGUUGGAAUGGGGAUCCAUGUGCUCCCGCAACUUGGGAUGCUUGGGAGGGCGUUACUUGUCAUGCCUCGAAAGACGGAUCUACCCUUGUUGUCUCCCAAAUUGAUCUUGGGAGCCAAGGACUGAAAGGCCACAUCAGCGAAAAGAUUGGCCUCUUGACGAAUUUGGUAAGCUUGAAUUUGAGUUCUAAUUCUUUGGAAGGAAAUAUACCCCCAGGGUUAGGUCAAAAAUCUCUUGUAAAGCUGGAUUUAUCAAAGAACAAGUUUACUGGGUACAUACCAGAUACUCUUACUCAGUCGAGCUUGCAGAUUAUGUUUCUGAAUGACAACUUACUGGAAGGGCGAGUCCCCGAGGAACUUUACUCAAUUGGUGUUCACGGUGGUGCUAUAGACCUUGAGGGUAACAAAAGAUUGUGCGGUGUUCCUUCUUUGCCUGAUUGUUCCGUGCUUUGGGGCAAAGAAGGCUUAUCCACUGGCGGUAAAGUCGCCAUAGCCCUGUCUUGUCUCGUUAUUAUUUCUUUAGUGGCAGUCGGAGUAUACUAUUUCGUUGUCUGGAGGCACCGUAAUGAUUAUGACUUUAGCUUCCCUCAUGAAUUGCUGUCUCUUGCCUCAAAGAGAAAUCGGUAUCAACGGCAGAAGUCACUGAUGACCCUUGAAAUGGAGAGCCAACAUGCCAAGAAAGGAUUCAUACCCACUUACAAUGUUAGCUGA